GGCUCCUGGGCGGAAGCUCGCUUGCGGCUGCCGCUUCUCGGUGCCGGGUCGGGCUCGGAGGCAAGGCUUGCUGGGAUGGUGCCUCCCGGGGAGCCGGGGCUGCUGACCUGCGGCGGGACCGAUGACCUGGCUGCCCUGGAGGAGCUGGACGAGGCGAGGUUGCUGCAGAAUCUGAGCGGCCGCUUCCUGCAGCAGCGAGUCUAUACAUAUAUUGGGGACAUUCUGAUUGCGGUGAACCCGUUCCAGAGUCUUCCGCUCUACGAGAAACCAGUAUCCGAGAAAUAUCAGAACCAUGACAAGGGCACCCUACCCCCCCACAUCUUUGCUAUUGCUGACAGAGCAUACCAGGCCAUGCUGGGGCAUCUGACAACAGGAUCUCAGAACCAGUGUAUCGUCAUCAGCGGAGAGAGUGGUGCAGGGAAAACCGAGAGUGUAAAGCUACUGCUGCAACACAUCAUGCACCUGUGCAAGGGCAACUCACAGCUGGAGCAGCAGAUACUGCAGGUGAACCCAUUGCUUGAAGCCUUUGGCAAUGCACAAACAGUGAUGAAUGACAACAGCAGCCGCUUUGGAAAAUACAUGCAGCUGAGGUUCCAAAGGAGUACAGUGAGGGGUGCCAAGCUGAGUGAGUAUCUGCUAGAGAAGUCUCGUGUGGUGCAACAAGAUGCUGGAGAGAGGAAUUUCCAUGUCUUCUACUAUAUGUUUGCUGGGCUCACUGCAGAGGAAAAGGAGAUGUAUGGGCUGCUAGAUCCCUCGUUGUACAGAUACAUAAGUGGAUGGUUUAGGACAGAGGAUGUGACUGAGUGCUGGAAGCACAAGUACUGGGAGAUGCGUAAUGCCCUAGACAUGGUGGGCUUCCAGGAACAGGAGCAGGUGGACAUGCAGGCAAUCCUGGCCGGAGUCCUGUCUCUGGGCAAUGUGACCUUCCAGUCCCAAGAGAACAAUGGGGCCCUGAGAGUGAGUGAAGCCUCCAAGGGGUGGCUGAAGGCUUCAGCGGGUCAAUUUGGAGUCCAGGAAGAGGAGCUAUUGAAAUGCCUCAUUUGUAAAGUGUCCGUAACCCGGGGAGAGCAGAUUCAGCGUUUCCACACCCAGCAGCAGGCUGAGGAUGCCCGGGACUCCAUUGCUAAGGUGGCAUAUGGCCGUGUGUUUGGUUGGAUUGUCCGCAAAAUCAACGAACUGCUGUCUGAGAAUGUGGAUCCUGAGGUGGAGCUGAGGGAGAUUGGGAUCCUGGAUAUCUUUGGGUUUGAGAACUUUGUGGUGAAUCGUUUUGAGCAGCUCUGCAUAAACUUGGCCAAUGAGCAGCUACAGCACUUCUUCAAUUAUCAUAUUUUCCAACUGGAGCAGGCUGCGUACCAGGAGGAAGGGCUGCCCUGGGAGGCAAUUACAUUCAACAAUAACAAACCCAUUUUGGACCUGUUCCUGGCCAAGCCGCUGGGGCUGCUGUCUCUCCUGGAUGAGCAGAGCGCAUUCCCUCAGGCGACUGAUAAAACCUUUGUGGAUAAACUGAACAGCACCUUCAAGGGAAACUCACACUUCCAGCCAUGUAGAGGCCACGUGCUAGGGUUCAGCAUCAUUCACUAUGCAGGGAAGGUUCAGUACGCCUCCAGUGGCUUCCUAGAGAAGAAUAGAGACACUUUGCCAGCAAAUAUCCGGGGUCUCUUCAUCAACAGUGUCACCCCAUUACUGAGUGUGCUGUUUACAGCCACAGUCUCCAGAACAGGGACUUUGAUGCCUCACAUUAAAGCCAAGGUCUUGCCAGGAACAGACAAUAACUUCAACAACACACGGAAGCAAUCAGUGGGUGCUCAAUUCCGGCAUUCCCUAUCCGUGCUGAUGGAGCGAAUGUACUCUGCUAACCCACACUUUGUGCGCUGCAUCAAACCGAACAGCCAGAAGGAGCCGGGCGUGGUUGACAGCCAAGUGGUGCUGGAGCAGCUCAGGUACAAUGGAUUGCUGGAGACCAUCCAGAUUCGGCGAAACGGCUUUUCCUGGAGACCCUCUUUUGAGGAAUUUGCAGAAAGAUAUCGAAUUCUCCUAAUUAAACCAGAUGUCCCACUCACACAGGAAAGCUGCUUGGAGAUUUUGCAGAGUACAGAGCUGAAAGGCUGGAGAUGUGGGAAGUCCCGCCUCUUUUUUAAGUACUGGCACCAGGAGCUGCUGGCAAAGAGCAUGGACCGCUUGGAAAAGGCAGCAAUAAUCAUCCAGAAGACUUACAAGAGAUUCUGCUGUAGGAAGAUUUACCAGGAGCUGGUGGUUGAGCUCAGAGCCCGAGAGAAGCACCUGCAGGAGGAAGCAGAGAGAGAGAGCAACAGGCAACUGGAACUGGAGUCCCAGGCCCAGAUUGCCUCGCCAGUCCCUGUGCCACGGAGGAGACGUCCUCAGCCCCUCCCACGUUCUCAGCCUGGAGCUGAUUCUCUGACACAGCCACCAGUACCACGCCCUCGCAGCAAACUCACAGAGUCGACUCCCUUUGAUAAUUUUUUGCGCUCCAGGCCUUGCCCUGUGCUGGGGACAGAGGGCCAGACAGGAGAAGAGGAAGAAAUGAGGCAAAUCAAGAGAGGAGCAACUCUCCGCUGGUUCAGAGAGACACAGGCCUGGAAGGUUAGGCAGGAUGAUGGGGCCUUUCCUGGCUGGCUGCAUGGGAUGAUCAGCAGGAGGGAAGCUGAGAACUUGCUGACGGACAAGCCUCUGGGCUGCUUCCUGGUUCGAAUCAGUCAGAGCAGGCCAGGCUACACCCUGUCAUACAGGGGUGAGAGCCGCUGCAGACAUUACAUGAUUGAGAUGCAGCCCAAUGCACGCUACGUGAUCCUGGGGGAGGACCGAGCUCACACCUCGCUCACCGCGCUGGUCCAAUACCAUCGAACUGUGGGAAUCCAGCCCUUCAUGGAGACGUUGACUGUGACCUGUGAGCAGAAAGGUGAUGGGGACUCUGAUUAUGAGGAGUUGAAAUUCCACACCCUGGCCCCAGGCCCAGCAGAUGGGGAGAAGCAGCCUCAAAAAGAACAGGCUGAUCUUAAUGGGGCACCUGCUGUCAGCCCCAUCCAGCAUGCAGGAGCAACUGCUGUUCUCAAGCACAGGCGGUUCAUGAAAUCAGAGAAAUGCCAAGAGCAGCAGCUGAGCCCAGGCAAGGAGGGGGCGGAGCCGAGCCCAUGUGAGGCUGGGGUGGCCAGACGGGCCAUUCCUCGCCUCUACCCCUCCAUACGAUUGGCAAUGUGGGAAAUCCAGCAGUUUUCUUCCCACCCCUCAAAUGGCUCCUAUGCCGAGCUGAAGCCCCAGCACUGAAGGCAGCGGGGCCCACAGCAAGAGUGACAUGAUAAACCUGGUUCAGGCCCCGUCCUCCUCUGGUACCACAGGGCCCUCCAUCAUCUGGUAGAAGCACCUGGGGAGAUGGCAGCCUCUUCCACAUGCACAGGGCUGGCUCUGUACCCUAUGGACAAGACACUGGGAGAGAAGAACUUUCUGCAGCUUUUUGUCAUGCUCUGCCACUGGGGAGCUGCUGUGUGGGCCACUCUCUGAUUCUGGCAGGAGGAGGUGAUGAUGACAUGACCAAGAGCUGGGGUCAUUGUGCAAAUCUGUAUGGAAAUCUUGGUGGUGAUUUUUCUAAUAUAGCUGGAGAAUGAAUGCAGUGUACUUUGUGUGGUUAGAUGUUUGGCUGCGUGUGUGUUCUCCCUGUGUGCUCUCCCAGCUCUGCGCAGACAGCUGGCGCAGCAGACCUCAAGCAAACUGCCCAAUGACCACAAGAUCCGUUAAGGUGCGAAGGCACCCAGCCAGGUUUAUUGUCGACAAAGCACUGUAAUAGCACCGGGCAGACUCUAUGAGGAUACUGUCGUGGAAAAAGUCACCCACGCAUUGAUUUUAGUUCACAGACUCAAGCCUGAGGCCAGUUUAUUGCAAUACAUACCAACGCGUUGGGGUAGCAGUCCAAAAACUACCACACCUAGCACAUUACGCAGGCUGCUUUUAUUCCUUCAAACCACAAGCAUAGUACAAAUAAUACGUCAUUUCCGAGUAAUAAGAGUUGGGGUCUGUCCCUUUUUCCCGAUACCGUCCUAAUAAUUUUACAAGAAUUGGGUGCAUAUUGGGUGGGGGGGUUCUUGGUGGUUUCCGCCAUGGGUGGUACUUGGCAUCAGUUGGGAUGUUUUUUCUCGUCAAGGUACAUAUUAUUUUCCAGGAUUUUACGGUUAAGGGCAUAGGGGCUUAUCACAGGACGCCCAAAGAAGAUAUAUGAUUGGAUAGUUUGACAGUUAGCUAGAACUACAGGAGAAGUUGGCCUUUACUAGAAGCAAUUUCUUCAUGUAAGCGGUUAUUAUAUUUCAUAAACAAGUGGUUAUUAUGUUGCUGAGGCCUUCCGCAUUGCUCCCUCCCCUUCCCUCCUCUGGUCAUAAUUCUUGACCGAAUUUGGCAGGGAAUUGUACAGCUUAGUCUUGUUCAGGCCCUGGCCUGUACUGCCUUCUAGAAGGGCAGUCAGUAUAUUGAGCCUCUGUCAGAGGGCCUGAUUAUGGGCCUUCAGUGUUACUUUGGCUGGCAUAAAGAAGGCCCCCCCAGUUCUUUUUUUUCACAAUACUAAGACAUGUAUGCCCGUGUUAAGGGAUGCAGUUCAGUAAAUGGCAGGACUUUCCAUUCCCCCCUCAGCUAGUCAAAGAUACUCCCUCUGGGAUACAUCUUUAUAUCCCGAUACAAACAAGUUAGUACUGCCUCUGACAUGGUUACUGCCCCUUGAUGUGACUAGUUAUCACCCAUCACCUUGCUCGUGUUGGUUCGAUCAAAACAUCUCUAUUAUGUACUGUCAUCCUGACCUUAUCUUUUAGGAGGGGUUAGUUUGUUCCUGUUAUCCUUGGGGAAUGUUUUUGUACCAUCCUUGAUAUCCGGAUGAUCUGCUACCACUUAAUAUCGGGAUGUGUUUGUGUAAGUACUCUGUGCUUAGCACUUCUUAGGAAUGUGUAUUUCUGCAAUAUCAGCCCUGUUUUGCCACAUUCUGUGAGCGGAUCCUGCCUCAUACCAGGCCUCUAAUCCAAGGGCUUAUGUCUCAGGCGCUCUUCCUACUACAUUUUGGUUAAGAAAUCUGAUCACUCAGGCUGUCUCACAGUUUUCCUUUAGCUCACAAUUAGAGUGCUGAUUUUCAAUCUACCAUUUUGAGUUUUCUCUGUGCUUUGGCAAGGUCACUGUGGGGGUUUGGACCUGCUGUUCUGGCAGGCCAUGGAUGUCUGGUGCUGGGGAUAGGGAAUGAACUUGAUUUGUUCCUUAUGCCUUUCUAGCAUCAAUACCAGAACUGAGACCCUCACAGAAACAGGAAGGCAUUGCUGCCAGGGGGAGCAGCUGCCUCCCAAAGGCCAAAGCCCUCACCUGGAUGACUCCCCCAUCUCUGAGCUGGGUUCUAGCCCAGAACAGAGAAAAUGAGGGACCUGUUCCUGUCCCCCAUGCCUUGGUCUCCAUGGAGCAGUAACACUAAGUCUCCAGGCUGCACAGUGUGUCCCAUGGCACAGAGUAGCUGAUGCUGCACUGUUUGCAUUUUCUCUCAUUUAACACAUUGAAUGUAAUGAGACUUUUUGGAACAGCUUCUCUGAUGUUAGGUGGACACCAUGACAUCUGUGUUCCUAUGGUCUGCAGCCAUUUCUCUGAGUCCUGGGUGUGGGCAAAGUGCUGUCCAAGAGUCUGCUUAGGGAGCAAAGAAAUGGUUAGUGAUUGGUAACCAGGGCAGAGAUAAUAUUCACAGACUCCUUUCAGUGCUAAAGCAACUGUAGUGCGACAUUAUCCUGCUGUCCUAGCCUGUUGCCUUGGCUCUGGCGACCCUCUCUGUGCAUCCCUUCACUGGCACACGCUUCUCUGUCGCUGCUUGUGUUCACUGUCAGGCCUUCCUGGUCAAUCCUCAUCCUCCCUGUCCUAUCCCAUUUGCUAUCAAGUUGUCGACACAUGGGUGCAUGAUGCCAGCCUCCACUGCCCACCUGUUCGAUAUUCAAACAAGUGCCUUUAUGCUUUCUCCCAUGCUGCCCCUCAGGCUUGGAAGGCCCUCCCUAUAAAAACCCUCAAAGCUACCUCAUUAUUCACCGUCAGAUCCCUUCUCAAAACUCUUUUGUAGUGAUGCCUACAAAAAACAUGACAGAGAUUAGGCCAGAGGACACUGAGAGCACAGCCUAUCAUGCUGACCAAUACCGUUUCAUUGUUUCCUUGUACUCCCGUUAGUCUGUCUAUCCAUCUGUAGUCUCUUGUCUGAUACUUGGAAUGUAAGCGCCUUGUGCCAAGGGCCAUCUGGUUUUUUUCUGUCCUUGUACAACGCCUAGUACAUUGGGGUCCUGGUCCAUGACUAAGGCUCCUAGGUUGCUACAGCCAUCACCCCAAGCCAUCAGUAACAAUCACAAGCCCCUGCUACUUGACCUAAUGGUAGUUGAUAAAUUGCAUAGUCAGUUGCUUUAACUCACUUUGGCUUGUUAUGAAAUAUAUUCAGAAGACCAAAGAACCAUUAUCUGUCAGGUUUACUGCCAGAGCCAAUAAGAAUAUACUAUGGGGAAAAAAAGAGUCAUUAUGAUUGUGGUCUCUGGAAGCUAUCUCAGGCAGUGUUGUUACGUUCACCUUACACAGAUGGUCCACUCCCAAAGUUAUGCAUUUCAGCUGAUAGUAUUUAUAGGAUGAUUUUACACAUUAGACAUCUCUUUACGUGUCACUAAACUCCAUGCCAUCAGUUCAACCCAGUUUCUUAUCUUGUUGCUCUGUUCCUUCCCUUCUCUUUGUUUGGAUACUCAUAUUCCAGGUACUGGUUUGUCAAUAUAACUCCUUACCUGUUGCUAUGGUAAAAUAAUCAUAGGUCAUGAUCCUGACAACUUUCAUAACUAUUUAAGCCAAAGCUUAUUUCAGCUAAUGCAAGAUGUUAUAGGACACUUAGCAUAGGAGACCAGAAUUAUAGUAAAGAUAGAGACCAUCAAGAAGCUGACCAAAUGCUUUCCUAAGGCUACUUAGAAAUCAAGCAAGUACACAGCCAAUAUUCAUAACUUCAAACACAAAAAUGAUACGUGCAUACAAAUGGGAUGAAUAGAUUCAGUAGAUCAUAACCUUUACAGAGACAUGUUACAUGGCACAUGUAGCAUAAAACAUAUUCCAGUUAUGUCAUAGAUACCUUCAUAAACAUAUUUCUGUGAA